UUAUCGUCGACCGGUAUGAACGUAGUUUCGUCUGUAAGCUUAAGAUCGUGUACGUAAGCAGACGUGUUACCACGUUCAUUCGUUUGCCGUUUAAAUCGCGAACUCUUCGAGGUUAUGUUGUUAUUCGAAGGCGAAAACGCAAAAAUCAUAUCACGAAUCAGAAUAAUUGUAAUCAAUUUUGUGAUUACAGUUUCCUUCCCGUAACAAUAAUGAUAAUCAUCACAACGAAUCGUUCGAAUUAUUGAAUGCUGGUGAAUCAUCAUCAUGUUUAUUUUCAUCAAAGGCUUUUAGUGGGCAAGCUUGUACAUAUUGUUUACUCAUUGGACCGGAAAUAGAUCUAUUGAAUACAGAGAGAAUGUUUUGUCCGAAUGGUUCCUUUAUUGACUUAUGGUCAGAUGUCAAGACUUCAGAAUGUUUUGUGGAUACAACAAUAGCAUCAAUAUUGGCUGUAUUCAUGAUUUUUUUUGGUACCGCACAAUGUUCAAUUUAUGGGAAAUACAGUACUCCUUUAUCGCAGGCUGCAAUUCCUCAAUCCAGACUAUACUAUGUACAGAUGAUAAUUACUUUUAUUUUUCCACUGUUAGCCGUGGCUAAGUUUUUUGUUGACAUAUAUUUAUUUCAAAGUGGUGUUGCUUAUGGUUAUCAAUCUCUGUAUAUGCUUACCAUGGUGUUUGUAUUUCCAUUAUCUGCCAAACUUGUAUUGAUGGAAAGAAAUAGUCUUUUACCAUCAAUGCCAGCCCGUGGACAUGGUCUAGUGUUACUUAUUUUCUGGAUAUUAGUUUUUGUUGCUCAAAAUGUUAAUGUUCUAAUUGUCAAAAAAGAAGAUUGGUGGAUUCAAUUACAAAACAUAAAUGGUCAAAUUGAAUUCGGUAUAUUUGUUGCGAAUUAUAUUUUGAGUUUCCUAUUAUUAAUUUUGGGUUUAAAAGCACCUGGAAUAAUGACUGCCAGAGAUUAUUUAAGUCUCCAUAAUUCGACAGAUUUGUUUUUAGAUUCUGAUCGUGUGGAAGAAGUAUCAACAUGGGACAACGUAGUGCGAAAAGUAAAAUUGAUAGCUCCUUUCUUAUGGCCAAAAAAUAGUCUGGCGUUACAAUUUCGAGUAGUUUGUUGUAUUUUAUUGGUCAUAGCUGGAAGAGUAGCCAAUGUGUAUGUUCCACUUUAUAGCGCGAAAAUUGUUGAUAGUUUAACUGCUGUUCCACUUGUAUUCCGAUGGGAUUUAAUUUUAAUUUAUAUUGGUUUCAAAUUCUUACAAGGAGGCCUUGGCAUGGGAUUCUUAAAUAAUUUAAGGAGUUUUUUAUGGAUUCGAGUACAACAAUAUACAAAACGGGAGGUUGAAAUAUCAUUAUUUCGCCAUUUACAUAACUUAAGUUUAAAAUGGCAUUUGGGACGUAAAACUGGUGAAGUUCUAAGAAUUAUGGACCGAGGAACUGACUCAACUAACAGCUUGUUAUCGUUUAUACUUUUCAAUAUUGGACCUACUAUCAUUGAUAUUUUAGUGGCAGUUAUAUUCUUUUUAUCAUAUUUCAAUUGGAUGAUGGGAACUGUUGUUUUCAUUACAAUGGUUUUGUAUAUAGCAUUGACAAUUAUCAUAACAGAAUGGAGAACUAAAUUUCAGCGGCGAAUGAAUGUAGCAGAUAAUAGUAUGAAAGCUCGUAGUGUUGAUUCUAUGUUGAAUUUUGAAACUGUUAAAUACUAUGGUGCUGAAGAAUAUGAAGUUCAAGCCUACAAAGAAGCCAUUAUGAUUUAUCAAAAUGAAGAAUUCAAAACACAAUUGUCUUUAGCUAUGCUCAAUACAGUUCAGAAUAUUAUUGUCUGUACAGGAUUAUUAGCUGGAUCUUUACUUAGUGUGCAUUUUGUCAUUGAUGAUAAAGCUUUAACAGUAGGUGAUUAUGUGUUAUUCACUGUGUACAUCAUUCAACUUUAUGGACCUUUAAAUUACUUUGGCACAUUUUAUCGAGCAAUUCAAAAGAACUUUAUCGAUAUGGAGAAUAUGUUUGAUUUGAUGAAUAUAAAACCAGAGAUUACUGAUGCUCCCAAUGCCAAAGAAUUGGAAUUGAAAAAUGGACAAGUUGAAUUCCGCAAUGUAACAUUUUCUUAUCAGCCUGAAAGAUUGGUUUUGCAGAAUAUUUCAUUUGUAGUACCUCCAGGCAAAACAUUGGCUUUGGUUGGACCUUCAGGUAGUGGAAAAACAACAAUAGUAAGAUUGUUAUUUAGAUUUUACGAUGUUGAUUCUGGAUCUAUUAUCAUUGAUGACCAAAAUAUUCAACUUGUUACCCAAACAUCACUUAGAAAAGCUAUCGGUGUUGUUCCACAGGACACUGUUUUGUUUAAUAACAGUAUUAAAUUUAAUAUAAAUUAUGGGAAAGUAGAAGCUAAUGAUUCAGAAAUAAUGAAUUCUGCUAUGGCAGCUGAAAUACACGAUAGAAUUAUGAAAUUCCCGGAUUUGUACGAUACACAAGUUGGUGAAAGAGGACUGAAACUUAGUGGAGGAGAAAAGCAAAGAGUUGCCAUUGCUAGGACAAUACUUAAGGCUCCUGCCAUUGUGUUAUUGGACGAAGCCACAAGUGCUUUAGAUACCAAGACAGAAAGGCAGAUUCAAGCUGCAUUGGAUCAAGUUUGUAAUAAUCGCACUACAAUUAUUGUUGCUCACCGGCUGUCGACUGUUAUCCAUGCAGAUGAAAUUCUUGUGUUAAAAGAUGGGGAAAUAUAUGAACGAGGAAGACAUGAUGAUCUUAUUAUAAGAAAUGGUCUAUAUGCAGAUAUGUGGUCCGAACAACGAAAAUCUGCAAAUGAUGUACCUACCCAUGAUGAUCAAUCAAACUUAUCAAAUCCUAAUGAUACAAUUACAAAGAGUUACCACCACCCACAUGUUUAA